AUGAGAAUGAUGCAAGCAGAAGAAAAAGCAAGAGUUCGAGCAGAAACAGCAAAAGGCCUACAAAUAUAUAUAUAUAUAUACACGAGUGGACUAUCAGAUGUGUUUUGUACUGUGUGCAGCGUUUCAACAUCACACCUUUCUUUGAAUUAUUUUCACUAUCAGAAGGCCAAGAUGUAUAACUUUCCAGCUUUGAAAGCAUCUGUGGUGGGAGAUCCCUUGCGGGUACUUCCUACUGAAGAAGACAUCAGUACUCAAAAGUCCUUUACCAUCAGUCCUUCGGAGGACUUGCCGCCGAAGCUUGCACAGUAUGCAACACGCAUUCAGUGUUUGUGGGAAGUGGCUAAGAUGGUGGCAUCUUGGGUUGUUGGCAGGCGCUUGACAGCCUUGAUGGGUAGUCAUUCCAGUGGAUAG